AUGCUCGCCAACCAGCAAGCCGCGCCCACGCAGCAGCACAUGCAGCUCCAGCAGGCCCACGAGGCUGCCCGCCGCGAGCUCAUGAAGCGCCAGAGCAGGAAGCCCACCGACAAGAACAUGCCCGAUGGCGUGGAGAAUAUCUGCAUUGGCGAUGGCGUCCAACGGUACCGGGAGCUGCGCGAGAUCGAGCGCACGAUGGAUGCGACAAUGAUGCGCAAGAAGCUCGACAUCCAAGACUCCGUCACCCGCACCCAGACGCCUCGCUAUGGCACCAUGCGCAUCUGGAUCUCGAAUACUGCAGAGAACCAGCCAUGGCAGAAUACCAGCAUGGACCCCGAUGCCUUUGAUUUCGAAAGCGAGACGACGGCCACCUACAGAGUCAAGAUACAAGGACGGCUGCUGGACGAGGACGCGGACCUCGGACUGGAGCCCGAGGCAGGCGAUGAAGCUGCCGCAGAAGAGAGCGACUCGAAUGCUAUGGAGGACGGCGACGAGGCGACCAAGAAGGCCACGCCAGCAACGCGGCCGAAGAUGUUCUCGCACUUCUUCAAGUCUGUCGUCGUUGACUUCGACCGCCCAAAAAGCCUCCAGCCCGAUGGUUUCACGCAAAUUGAAUGGAAGCGACCCGAAAACGCAAACAACAACCCCAAUGCCCCGCCCAACAUGUCCGCGGAGGCCAAUUUCAGCCAGCUGGAGUUUGAGCGCAAGGGCGAUGAGAAUAUCAACAUCACAGUCAACCUACAACGCUACGAGAAUCCCGAGCGAUACCGCCUGAGCAAGCCCUUGGCUGAGCUGCUUGACACAGAUGAGGAAGACCGUGCCGGUGUGAUAAUGGGCAUCUGGGAAUACGUCAAGAGUCAGGGCUUACAAGAGGACGAUGACAACCGCAAAAUAAUCUGUGAUGAUCGUCUCAGAGAAAUCUUCAACAGCGACACUCUGUUUUUCCCGUAUCUACCAAACGCCAUCGCACCACACUUGCUUGCUCUGCCGCCUCUCCAAAUUCCAUACACUAUUCGUGUUGACAAGGACUACAUCUCACCCUCCUCGGACUCUGGAAUCCAGCCCUCCAGACCCACCGUAUUCGAUGUACAAGUCGCUUUAGAGGACCCACUGCGACCCAUGAUAUCGACCAUGUUCCGCACCCAAAAGCACAAGGAUAUCCUCGAGACGAUCGCUGGCAUGGACGAGAACCUGACGCUCAUUGUGCAAGCUAUCUCGCACUCGAAAGCAAAACACGCCUUUCUCACCUCGAUGUCCAAGGACCCCGUCAACUUUGUCAAGCGCUGGAUCAGCAGCCAGCAGCGCGACAUUGAAGUCAUCCUCGGCGAAGCUGCACGUGGCGGCGGUGAAGACGGAGUCGGCGAGGAGUGGAACCGUGGUGGCAAGGAGAGCGUCUGGGGCUCUGAUUUGGCGCGGGAAAGCGUGGCAUUAUGGUUGGCAAGACAGAAGCACUAG